GCCACUUCAUGCAGAGUUCUUGGAAUUGUAUUCAGUACUGGAUCUGCGGUCUGAUGACUCUCAGCGCAAUACAACUGAUGGCUGCUAUGUUUCCUCUGCCACCCAUUUUCUCUACAGGUCAGGUGAUUUGGCUGUCCAUGGUGAUCAUACCACUGUUAUCAUUAUCCUUUGUUGCCGCUAAGACUGACCCCCAGGUCAUGCAGAGGGCCACCAGUAAGCACCAGACCAAACUGAAUGUGGAGAUGGCAGUGUUUGUGCUGUGGUGUUACGGAUCGAAGUUCCUUCUGACGACUGUUCUAGUGCCGUUCGCAUUUGCCCUGACUCUGUCCCACCACUGCCCUCGCUCUGAAAGCGGGGGCUGGCCCCUCCUCGCCUCCCCCCACCCCAAAGAACAAUGGGGCGGGUGGGGAAGGUACCCUCUGGCUCUUGUCUGGUCUCAACAUGCUGCCGCUCUCCUCUUGGUAGUUCAGUUAGUGACGAUUUCAGCAAGUUUUGUCCAUCGAGAGUACCUUAGUUGGUUGAGGAUUCCAUUCAAGAACUUUGUUUGGCUGACCACUGCAGGUCUCGUGCUAGUCCUGCAGGCAGCCUAUGCUGCUGUGGCACUGUGGUGGGCAGACGCAGUGUGGUCUGAACAGCCGUGGCAAGACCUGCUGCUGUUGGCAGCCUCCCCUCCAGUGAUCUUUAUAACCAACGAAGUUGUCAAGUGGCAGGAGAUCAAAGCUAAUGAAAGAUAUCAUAAACGUGCCCGUUUGGAUUUUGGCACCAAACUGGGUAUGAAUUCUCCAUUCUAAAGGAUAUGGGAUAUCCUGUUCUGUAACAUAACCUGUUUGUUAUGUUUCUUACUAUUGGCGAUAACAUCCUAUGUACUUCCAUUUCAUCUUCAACUUAAAUAGUUUGACAAGAGUAUAUUUUUGCUAUAUGUGUACCGUAAUGUGUCUAAUGCCAUUUUGUAACUGAAAGACUGUUUAAACUAGUUAUUUUAUUUUAAGCCAAGUGUUCAUUAUAUAUCUAGUACAAAAUGAGAAAUUACGGAACUUUUCUAUUGAUUCACUAUCAUUUUAAAUUACAUAUGAUUAUAUCAGUUCACUAACAAUUUGAAUUAACAAUUGAAUUUUAUGGAGAGAGCAACAAGCAAAGAUGAACAAAGUGAUGUAUUGUAGCUUUAUCUUUUAUUUCCUAAUUUUAAAACAGGAAAACCUUUGGAGUUUAUUAAAAACACUGAUAAUAAAUAGCAGAAUUGCAUUUCUUUCCUAAUGUAGUGAACAUAGAGAAAAGAGCCGAAAUGUUAUUAGGUCUUACUUUUAGAUUUUUAAGUUGUGUUUUUAAACUCCCAACAUUUGUAUUUAUGCAUGAAAUAUAUUUUAAUGCAAUUACAAAAAAGCGUAUCAACAUGUUAUUAUUGCUAAAAAUAUGGAAGUUUUAUAGUAAAACCAAGGACAUGUUUUAUGAUUUUUUUUGUUCGACUCAUGAUGUACUUAAUUUUAAUUUUUUAGGUGAUAUUUUUAGUUUGUGACAUUGUUUAGAAUUGUAGGUUCUGUAUUAUGGGAACUUUUAUUAUUGUAAGACUUAUUUGGAAUGUUGAUAUAUUUUCUCAAGUGCUGAUUUUAAAGAAAGUGUGUAGCUUUUACUGUAUAUGUGAGAGAUUUUAUUCACAGUGAUUAGGAUCUCUAGUUAAUUUAUGAUUUUAUUAAGUGUUGUUUAUAAAUAGUAGAAGUUUUCAUGACUGUCCAGUAUUAGAUGUUUUAAAUUUUCACAAUGUACUGUUUCCCCCAUUAGGGUAGCAUGCAAUAAAUUAUUGUCAUAGCAAAUUUGCAAUGGAGUUAUGACUACAAAAAUAUUUUUACUAAUAACAUAACAAUGUGUUCAACAUAGAAUAAGUCAAACCUAUUUUACAUUUGACCACUUUUGCCAUUAACGUAAUACUGUUCGAGCCAGAAUAAUAUUGUUUAUAUGGAUUUGAGUAUUGUAUGUCUUUUAACAUUUUGUGUACUUACUUAUUAAUAGGUUUAUAUUAAGUGAAUUUUAAUUGUGAAAUAUUUUCAUAAUAUUGUGAAAGUAAUAAUAAGUGACUAUAUUCAUAAUUAGUUUUAAGGUGUAUUUUUAAUUAGUGAAAAUUUAUUAUUAUAAUUUUCAUGUCAAGAAAAUAUUGUUUACUAUCACUAAACAUGUACUUUUUACUACAGUUUGUCAUAUUUUUCCUGCAAUGCAAUAAUUUUAAUAAACAUUUUCUUAACACAAUUACAUGCAGGAAUUUUAGUA